GAGGACUGGGCCGUGAGCCUGACGCAGCUGAGCACCAUGAAGACGGACCUGUCCCAGUACAUCAUCGCUGAGGACGUGCUGCUGCUGCAGGAGCAGGUGGAGCACCUGACCUGCCAGUGGGAGGAGCUAUGCCUCAAGGUGUCUCUGCGUAAACAGGAGGUCGCCGACCGGCUGAACGCUUGGAUCAUCUUCAACCAGAAGAACAAGGAGCUGUGUGAGUGGCUGACGCAGAUGGAGAACAAGCUGCCCAACAACGCCGACCUCAACAUCGAGGAGAUGGUGGAGAAACUCAAGAAGGACUGUAUGGAGGAGAUCAACCUGUUCAGCGAGAACAAAACGCACCUGAAGCAGCUCGGAGAACAACUGAUCAGCGCCAGCAACAAGACCAAGGAGACGGAGAUCAACGACCAGCUGAAGGACAUCAACGCCCGCUGGCAGCACCUGUUCGACCACAUCGAGUCCAGGGUGAGGAAGCUGAAGGAGACGCUGGUGACGGUGCAGCAGCUCGACAGGAACAUGAACAACCUGCGCUCGUGGCUGACUGGCAUGGAGGCGGAGCUCGCCAAGCCGGUGGUCUACAGCGUCUGCCACGGGGACGAGAUCCAGAGGAAACUGGCCGAGCAGCAGGACCUGCAGCGGGACAUCGAGCAGCACACGGCGAGCGUGACCUCGGUGCUGACGCUCUGCGACGUCCUGCUGCACGACGCCGACGCCUGCGGCAGCGACUCGGAGAACGACUCCAUCCAGCAGACGAGCCGCAGCCUGGACCGGCGCUGGAGGAACAUCUGCGCCAUGUCCAUGGAGAGGAGGAUGAGGAUCGAGGAAACCUGGCGUCUCUGGAGCAAGUUCCUGGACGACUACUCUCGCUUCGAAGACUGGCUGAAGAGCGCCGAGGUCACCGCCGCCGACCCCGACUCGGCCGGCGUGCUCUACACCGGCGCCAAGGAGGAGCUCAAGAAGUUCGAGUCGUUCCAGCGGCAGGUUCACGAGCGCUUGACUCAGCUGGAGCUCGUCAACAAGCAGUACCGCCGCCUGGCCCGCGAGAAUCGAACCGACGCCGCCAGCCGGCUCCAGGUGAUGGUGCAGGAGGGGAACCAGCGGUGGGACGGGCUGCAGCGGAGGGUGGGCGCCGUGCUGCGCAGGCUCAAGCACUUCACGUCUCAGAGAGAAGACUUCGAGGGAACCCGGGAGAACAUCCUGGUCUGGCUCACGGAGAUGGACCUGCAGCUCACCAACGUGGAGCACUUCUCCCAGAGCGACGUGGAGGACAAGAUGAGACAACUCAACGGCUUCCAGCAGGAGAUCACCCUCAACACCAACAAGAUCGACGCCCUCAUCGUGUUCGGGGAGAACCUGAUCCAGAAGAGCGCUCCUCUGGACGCCGUGCUGAUGGAGGAGGAGCUGGAGGAGCUGCACUCCUACUGCCAGGAGGUGUUCGGACGGGUGGCCCGGUUCCACCAGCGCCUGGUCACCAGACGCCCGGUGCUGGAGGAGGAGAGGGAGCUGUCGGACUCGGACGACUCCUCCGACUCGACCUCGUGGGGAGAGACCAGGAAGAAGGGGGAGGAGCUUCCGGCGGCGGGCGGCGUCUCGGUGGGACGCCACGCCAUGUGUCACCUGGUGGCUCCGCCUCUGGAGCGGUCGGGCCGAGAGACGCCGGUCAGCGUGGACUCCAUCCCGCUGGAGUGGGACCACACCGUGGACGUGGGCGGGGCGUCGUCCCACGAGGAGGACGAGGACGCCUCCUUCUUCAGCGCGCUGUCAGAUGUGAAGGUCGCAGAGAGCUCAGCGGCGUUUGUUAAAGCCACCGUCAGAGCGGUGAACGCAGCCUCGGUGACGUCAGUGAGCGCCCCCCCCAGCUGGCACCAGCCCCGCUCCCCCGACAGGAAACGAGUUCCCAGAGAAACCCUCCGAGGCCUGAGCUCGUCCCCGACACUCACCUGCAGUACCGCCUUCCACCCACAGGGCUACGCGAAGCUGAUGUCCGAGUGCAGCGGCAGCAUCGACCGCGUGAAGAGAGUGAAGCUGAUCCUCAACGACGAGGAGGAGGAGCUAGAGGAGGCGGGGCUGACGGGCGGCAUGGCCGACAAACACACCAGCACGGGUGUGAUCGAGCGCUGGGAGCUGCUUCAGGCUCAGGAGCUCGGCCGGGAGACGGACAUCAAGCAGGACCUGGAGCAGUGGCAGAAGCUGAACUCUGACCUCUGUGAUGUCACUUCCUGGCUGGGCCGGGUGCUGCCGGAGCUGGAGCGGCUGCAGCGCAUCGCCCCGUCCACCAGCAUCCGGGACAUCGAGGUCAACAUCCGGAAGCUGAAGGAGAUGCAGAGGAGCUUCAACAGCUACAAGUGUCCGAUGAUCUCCGUCAACCUGAGCAGUCUCCACUUCCUGCGUGGCGACAGCGCCGAGCUGCAGGAGCUGCAGGAAGCUCUGAGCGCCGCCAACCUCAGCUGGACGCAGGCGUGCGGCGGCCUGGAGAGCUGGGAGAGGAGGCUGCACGCCGCCCUCCUGCAGUGUCAGGAGUUCCAGGAGACGCUGCACUCUCUGUUGCUGUGGUUGUCUCAGGCCGAGAACCGACUCCAGGCCGUGACCCUCGGCGACCUCGGCGACCUCUCGACCUCGCGCUCCGAGCUGCUGCAGCGCCGAGACGCCCUCAUGGAGCUGCAGGAGGAACUGCGCGGCCGGCAGCGGCAGGUGAGCUCGCUGCAGGACAUCUCGGCUCAGCUGCUCCUGGAGGCCACGGGCCGCGACAGCCUGGAGGCCAAGGAGAAGGUUCACGUCAUCGGCAACAAGCUGCAGCUGCUGCUGAGGCAGGCGGCCGCCGACCUGCAGGCGCUGCAGGGACCGCUGACUCAGGAAACCUGCUCUGCCACUUCUGAGGUGGACAGCAUCGGUCUGGGAACACUGAGCUCUGAGCAGCUGAUGCACAAGUCGGACGCUCGGCGCCCGGCGGCCGUCGGACGAGCAGCAGCCAGAAGAUCCCGGGAGGAGCGGCGGGAUCCCCCCCCCCACCGGCCCUUCUUCUACCGGGUCCUCCGAGCCGCCUUCCCGCUGCACCUGCUCCUCCUGCUGCUGCUGGUCCUGGCCUGCCUGGUCCCUCUGUCCGAGGACGACUACAGCUGCACCCUGUCCAACAACUUCGCCCGCUCCUUCUACCCCAUGCUGCGCUACACCAACGGGCCCCCCCCCACAUGA